GAUGGCAAGUACUGUUGCUUGUUGGGACAUCUAGAAACCAUUGGUAUCCAAUUAUUUUACAAUUGUAGCUCGUGCCACUUCACCAUUAUAGGAUGCGAUCUUCGCUGAUCAGCAGCAACCUGUAUGCGCCUCCUGCUUGCGUUCGGCAAUGGACAUUUGCUCCUUUCGCAGUUCUUUUCGCUUCAAAUGUGGCGAAUGGAUGGGAAAGAAGGAGUGCGUAUAUUUGAUGACGCUCGGCGACGAUUCGAAAUGGACCGGGACAAGCGGAAAGCCGAUACUGGAGAAGGAUCUCAUCAGAAAUCGCGCUGGCAUCUUGGACAUGCCCACGGCAGUACUCAAGACACUGACAAUCUGCCCCAAGCAUCGUUACUUCUAUUUGUGGGAAUUCCCCAUGGCGCGCGUGAAGAAAUGCCACUAUCGCUUCCAUCCCAAGGACGAGCCGAUUCACCUAGUCCAUGCGCAGAUCCAAGCACCGUACGUGGUAACGCAGAAAAUAUCGAACAGAAUGUUUCGCACUCGCCGUGAGCACGGCCCGCUUCUGCCAAUCAGCGACCCGCGGCGCAUCACACACCCGUCGUAUCUACCAAUCGGCGCAAUUCUGUGUGGAAGUUGUGAGGCAAGACUACAGAGACUGAAGCCGACGGUUGUGCAGAAACCACAAGUCCAGCAGAUCGGUCGCUACUCUCCCCGCAAAUUGCCGGGUUGGCUUAUGGAUCAUGAGGUGGCUUUGACAAACGGGCUGCUGACGCCGUUCGACAUGGAUGGUCUGAAGGCUGCCAUCGAGGUGGAGAGAGAGUGGAGGCGUGGGUUCACUUCAUCUUCCAGCAGCAGCGAGGAGAGCACCAGUAUGGACGGCGCUACGAAUGACGAGAGUGAAGCACCAUUCGGCACACAAGGAAAGGCUGGUGAUAGUGACAAUGACAGUACAGAUACAGGCACUGAGGAAGAUGAGAGCGAGGCUAGCCAGCAAAUGCCUUCCACCCAAGACCAGCCCAAGGAGGCACCCGUCCUGCGCGGCAUCCUGAAAAAGCCACCUUCAGCCGAAACGAAAGAAGCGGACACGAAAACACAAGAUGGAGAGCCGAUGGUAAAGAAAAAGAAGACGCUCAGAUUUACAUUGCCGGAGGAUGAAGAAGAGAAAAAGAGCAAGGUGGUUGUUGAGAAAGCUAGCCAGCAAAGUGCAUUGACGAAGUCAAACAUAGCACCAACCAAAAGUAAACAAAAUCCCAGCACCACAACGAGAGGGUUGAAUGCAGCAAAGCCCGGGAAAGCAACAACUCAAACUGGACAAUCCAAGGCAAAUAUGUCCCAAGCUAAAGUUAGUGGUGGAAAGUCGAUUGCUGGCCGUCGUAAAGUAGAGGAAGUUGAAGAGGAGGAUAAUGCCUUCAAGAUCUCUACUGACGUUGCACGCGGGGGAAAAGUCAAAGUCCUCACACCGAUGCAAGAGAAAGCAAUAGCCUUCGUCACACGCUACGGCUGUGCCAAAAAAAUCAUGAGGAUUCGGAGACUCCCACCAUCUCCUGAGAUCAAGCGUGAUUCUCCCUCCAACAGUAAGAGUGGCGGGGACAGAGACAGUGGUGGACGCAGUGACAGUAGCGGGAGCAGUGACACUAGUGACAGUAGCGGGAGCAGUGAUAGCAGCGAUAGCAAUGAUCCAACCACCCUGUCAUCCACAACCAGCAAGGGCCCAAAAACAGCAAAGGACACUGCAGCCGCUGGCACCGUGUCUACCAACAAGCCAGGACAGCACAGCAAGCAGACAAAGAAGAAGGUAGGCGGAAAGCAGCCCAUGCCAACAGGAGAACAAGCAAGAAACACUGCUGCUAUCAACAAGAUCCAAGAAAAACAGAAAAGCAAAGUGGCUGUGCAAGAUGACAAAAACCUACAGAUGAGGAAGAAAGUCAAGCAGACCACUUUAGGUGAGAAGGGCUCUGAAGCUAACCUGGACGUGCAAAAUCAAAACCAGAAAGCUCACCAUAAGAAGAAGUCAACUACAGCUCAACCUGGAAAUGAAAAGAACAAUGAGAAGGCCAAGGACAUGAACAACUCGAAAGAGCCCGGCAAGGAUGAAGAAGCAGAUACUAAUAAGAAGCAAGAACAGGAGAUGGCUAAUACUGGAGCUGCUACUAACCUGGAUGAUAACAGACUAGUGAAGGUGACUGUUACGGCUACUGGCAUAGACACUGAAAUGACAAGCGCAUCUACUGGUCUGGAGAAUCUUCCACAACCAUCGGGUGCAGUUAUUCAGCCCGGGACUGAGACAUUGCAGCAUCAGACAGAGUCAAAAACCAUUGCAAAUACGAGUGAUACUGCUAGUGCGGAGCAUGAAGGCAAGGAGAAGCCGAAAGCCACGGGACUGGACAGCGACAGAAACACAGAAGCCCAAAAACUAACGACGCACAAGGCAACAGGAGCAGAUGACGAAAUACGUCCUGAGGAGCCACAUGGCGAAAAGAAAUCAGAAUCUGAUGGCACCACAAGGAAAGGAGAAGCAGAGCCUGACCGAGAUCUGCAGAUGGCCGGACCGGAUAGGGAAUCAGAAAAUAAUGCAGCAAAGCUGAAGAAGAAACCUGAAGCAGCUGAAAUCAACAGUCAGACGCAUGUCAGGGAGCCAUUGCGUCAGGAAGCACCAUCAACAACUGCAGGAAUCACGCCUGUGAAUGCUGAUGAAAGGGCUAGCAGCCAAGGGAAGCCGCAAGACAGGACACCUACUGAGAAGGAUGGAGCAAGGUCACAACUUGCAACACAAAUCACAACUGAUGAAAAAGAGAGGGGAACAGAUGUUAGGAAGUCUACCGAUGAGCAGAAAAUGACGGCGACCAAGAGUGAAGGAGAUAUCGAAGCACCAGCAGCUGCGGAGAAAGAGAAUUCAACUGGUGUGAACAUUGAUACAGACCAGAAGAAACCAAAGCGGAAGAAGAAACCGAAGGCAUCUGGUAUGGACACGGAGGCUGGACAGUCAGUGCCUCAGCAGAAGUCCAAUAAUUCAGAUCCCCUGCCUCAAGAUAGGAGCGAUGGAAAAACUAUUGCGGUGGAAGAAGAUGGCAAGAAAAAUGCUGAGCAGAAGAAUAACAUGUCGGACAAGCAAAGCGUUGCAGCUGUCGACGGUAUUGCCAUGAAGAUCAGAGCGAAGAGGGCCAAGGCAAAGAGGCAACUGGACAGCGAUGAAGAGUUGAGAAUGCUGCUUGACAAUCCCGCCCACCGCUACCCUGAAUUCCAGGAAGAUUUCUUGUACAACAUAUCCCAUAUAGUGCACGAUCGCAAAAUGUCAAAUGGCCGCAAAGAGUUCGUACGGAGGCGCGAAGAGUACAUCAACAUCAAUCAUGAAUUUCAUGAAACGGAUCUGGAGAGUGAGGAGAGCGAUGUUAGUUUUGUUUGUAUUCCCGCUAAGCGCCGGAAAGCCAAAACAACCGGUCAAUCAAUGGCCAGACGAGAUAACUACAAGAAGUUCCUCAAGGUCUCAAAGAUAAAACAUGGUGAAGAUGUAACCGCCUUGAGAUGGAUCAUUGACAGACACACCAAGCCGCGUCGAGGCCCCGACCCCGAAUGCCUAGGCAAGGAACGGAUUGCGUUCUGUCAUUGUCGGAAGCACUGGUUCUAUAAUGCAAAGAACGCGCACCUGUGGGAUGAAUGGGAUAUUGAUUUCAAAGAGGGAACGCCUAGAGACGACUACGUCAACGCGGAUGACCUGAUGGAUGAGGAGCUCCUGGAAGCUUUCCACAUGGAUAAAGCAACCCUGGGACAUCUGGAGAGAGAGCCGCGGUAUACUGUUCCCUUCUGGCCGGCAAAAAUGUAUGAUUUAAAUCGGAAGAAUGAGCUCAAGUAUCUAGAUGAGCUUACUGCGGAUGAUCCCGCUGAAGAGGUGCAAUUGUUGGGAUUCUUGCACCCUUGGUUUGAAGGGUUUGGAAAGAAGAAAAAGAAGAAGGAUCCAGAUGACAGCGAGGAAGACGAUGUGAGCGCAAAAUCUUCGGCUAACAACCCAGAUGUUAAGAGUGGUUCAUCGCGGCCAGAGAGCCCACUCCUGCCAUCGCCCACACUAUCCGAGUGCGACUCCAUACUAGGCACAGACAGGGCUCUGGUCGGUAGUGCGGAUAAGUCCUCCGAUGCCUCAUCGACGCCGUUUCCCUCUGACUCCUCCGGCGAUGACCGGGGCCACACGUUUCGCCGGUGGAAGCAGGGAACGCGACAACUCGAUGAUGUCGUCAAACAGGAGUACGCCCUCGCAGGGGAUCUGGGCGCGAGGCCCAGCGCCAAGAGAUCUGCCUGCAGCGGUGCCUGGGGCAAAGUCAACGUUCAACAAGUUCUCAAAAUUCCGGGAAAGAUUCCAGCCGACCGGCGUAGAUCAACAGAGCUUAGAAAGCCAGCCGAGCAGGGUGCAGCGGCAAAUCCGCCUCCAAGCGGCAAGCCAAAGCCACCGACAACACUAAGGCCAACACGAACAACAAAGCCAUCAUCAACACCAAAGCUGCCAUCACCAACAGUGACACCAGCAGCAAGAAAGCCACCAUCAAGAAAACAGCCUUCAUCCACACCAAAGCCAACACCAAAGACUAAGCCACGACCACCAACAACGCUAUCGCCAUCACGACAACCGGAGCCCAAACCAAAACAUAUAGGAUCAUCAAUAUCAACACCAAACCGUGCAGCAAGUUCUGUACCAUCGAAGCUUGCUCACCCCUCAAAGACACGCAAUUUACCCAAACAAGCAGUAGCAUCAUAUCAGCCCAAGCUUUUAGGAUCACAGAAAACGAAGCGUCAACAAAAAGCAAGGACAAGCAAGAAGAAGACUUGGGCUGUGACCAAGAAGAAGAAGAAGAAGAAAACGAAGAAAAAGAGGAAUACGGAUAUCCAGCGUGUGUAUGUUGGUGGACAGGAGCCACUAUCAAGUUGUUCGGACGAAGACGUCAAGUUGAGGGCACAACGACAACGCAAUAAAGACAACCAGCUGUACGACUCCUGGGAGGAUAUCUGUAGAGAGGCGCCCCCACCAGUAGAGAUGUUGCCAAGACUGAUUCCCAGACCGUACCGGCUGGGGAGCAUGCCAGCUUCAGCGACGGUUGAGAUGCCGCCAAGGAAGCAUCGCAAGACGGUUUACGACUCGCCCACCGAUCUACACUUCAAGUGGUAUUGGGGCAGAGUGAUGAGACAUAUACCCGUAACCCAACCGCCACCACCGUUGCCUAACCUGUUUGCACACAUGCCAAGGACACCAACAGAAUGGCAAAUGAGGAGGGAGGCAAGGCACCACCAGUAUCUGCAGUACAUCAAUACAUGUGUUAUGGAGUUCUACGAAAAGAAUCCACCCCCGUCGGCAUUCGGAGUGGAGGAAAUGUAUGAGCUGCUGCCGUUUAAAACACCCGACUUUGGCUGGAGUCCUGUCAAAAGCAAGACCCCUGGAAAACCUGGGACUGGAGAAAUCGGAGCCUCUGACUGUUCUGGCCCAGGUACAAUUGACAGAAUUGACUUAACAAGUAGUAUGGAUGAGAUGUUGAGGCCGGUGACAACCGACAUUUCCUCCGGCUCCACUAGCAGCUGGAACACGGAAGGUGCCGUUGCAAGGGUUCAUACGUGCGAUGGAAGCAGGACCCCGAAACCCAUCCUGGCCGCAGCAGAUUCUUUGCAUGUUUCCCGGACAGCAAGCAGUGCAACUGGUUCAUCGUCAAUGACCUUGCCCACCACCCCGGAUGAUUUAUUACCAGGCCCUGUGAAUCCCUGGGAUGGACCAUUCAGAGGAUACCCAAUAAGCACAUACUUCCCAUCCUACACCGGGGCAACUUCUGCCGCUCAGCGAUCCAGACUAACACCAUGGUCCGGGUUAAGCUGUGUGCUUGACGUGGAUCCAGAGUUUGCUACCGAUGAGCGUUCAUACACACCGCUGAGCUGGGAUCUACGAUAUUCCGGUUCGAACAGGACGUCAUCUUCGGCACGCUCUCUGGGAAGCGCUGCACUCAAUGCCAGACCGUGGACACCACCUGAACGAAGAAAGGCGAGCCAGACCACACGCCAUGCGAGGGGCGUUGAGUCUGCGACUGUCCCAUCUGGUCGUGGUGGUCGAGGUCGUCGUCGCAGCAGAGGCAGAGGCAGAGGCAGAGGUGGAGGUGGUGGUCGUGUUGGUGGUGGUGGUCGUGUUGGUGGUGGUGGUGCUGGUGCUUCUGCUGCUGCUGCUGCUGCUGCUGCUGCUGCUGCUGCUGGUGCUAGUGGUAGUGUUGCUGGUUUGGGUGUUGGUGGUGUUGGUGGUGUUGGUGGCGGCACCCAGGAUGACUGUGACCCGCAAUCACCCAUCGCUCGUACUUCACCCUCGUCUUUGCAGCAUUCUGAUUCCAGCAGCAAACACAGCACCAGUAGUUCUGUGACUGGACAAAGUGAACAAACGCCAAAGUCAGGCGAGAAACGCUUGCCCUCCAAGUCAUCCUCCCGCAGGAAAAUAAUUGGACGCUCCGGCAGGGGGAGGAAAUCUAUGCAACGUCAACUCUCCACUAUAUUUGAGGUUGAAUCCCCCCACUCACAACCAUCUUCAAAUCAAGCAAAUGAGAAAAAUAUUGCUCAAAACACGAAUGAAGCAUCCACACAACAGCCAUUGGAAGAGGAAACUGGUCAAGAUUUGCCACUGAAUACAGGGAGUCUGAAUCCAAUGGGUGACAGACCCCGAUCACCAGUUGCAAGACGCCGCCAAAUGAACCGCACAGAUGCAAUUGCUGCAGAUGAUAGUCAGAAGAUCUCCGAACUUCAACAUCACCCAACGCCAGGCUUUCAAUCUCCCAAACUAGGAGGGCCAGCAUCAUCCAGCACCAUGCAACACCAGCAAAAUGCAGGGCUGAAGGAACAUGCAUCGACUUCCACAUCCAGAAUGCCCGGUGCUGAACUAACUUCUUCAGCCAUGGAAAGCCAAAGAGAUUCCACUGGUGGACAGCAUGGAGUAGCCUCAACAGAUUCGCAAAUGCGGGCUGCUCAAGGUGCAGAGCAACGUGUCACACUCUCAGCUUCCGACAGAACACAAACUGGUAUUGGGAGACGUGCCGGCGUAGAGACUGCGACCAACAGCCCAGCAAAGUCUCCAGUAGUAGUGUCAGCGGGCAGCCAACAAGCUGACAGUGGAAGGCCCAUGGCUCAGUCACCUUCACUGGUAUCCAGCCUGCCACUCAUAGAUAGCUAUGAUGGUGUUGUGCCUCUACGAGCGGAUGAAACACGGAAAACGUCUCAGGCAGGAAGCCCUAUUGGACCCAAUCCAACUACAUUACCGAGAAUAUCACCUUCCCAGGGCAUUGUCCCGCGACGUUCUCCACCGCCUGGCUUGUACAUGGGCAAUACAACUGGUUCUCGCAAGUCAACAACAACAACAACCACAUUACCGGAUAUUGACAGCGGACGUGGCAUUGUUCCAAGAGUAGCAUCCGCAGUACGAUUGACUGAACAGUUUCAUGAAGUUCAACCACAGGGGACAUCUAAUUUCAACAACCUGAAUGACUCUGAUCGCUUGCAGAUGGAUUUAGGACACGUCAGCAAGGAUUCUUAUGGAACAGAAGUCAACUCCAUUGGUACGCCACAGCCAGUGUGUCGCCAUCCUAACCAAUCCAGGAAUAGGUCACCGGGCUUAGACGGCCCCUCAGGCAAAGAUCCGGUUAGAACUGUUCGGCGCCCCAUCACGCCCAGCAAACCUGACAGCCUACGCCAACUCCCACACCACUACAACAAUGGAACGAUAGUGUUGAGCGAUCCUCUCCACCCACUAGACCGUCGGCGUUACUUUUAUGACUCCGUGGCACUGAACGGGGAGGCGGAAAAUGACACGGACGCCGACUCGGAACGAUAUGCUAAUGCCCGUGUUGGUGGACUGGUAGCACGCCAUGCCAAGCUGCCAACAUCAGGUCUGGGUGAGCAGUCGCAGGGCUAUCGAAAGUCAACCAUUGCUGACUCCAAUGAACGGAGAGGUAGAGCCAAGAGAAACUCAUCCACAGACUCACAACUAUCUGAUAGUUCACCUGUUCGCAAAAGGCCACGGCGCUAUGCUAAGGCGAGGUUUAGUUCUCGAAAAUCAACCAUUGCUCGGCCUUCGAUACAAAACUCGAAAGUGGAAGACACCGCUACUGCUGAUUCAAAAGUAUCAAAAAAUGGUGAAGUUGGAGAAAAAGCAUCCAAUUACACCUUGCUAUCACAAGCAGAUCUGGAUAAACCGUUGCACGGUCCUCGAACGCCAAUUUCAAGACAGGAAUACACCAGGAGGUGGAUGUUACAACUUCCUGAAUUGCCAGAACUAUCGGAUACUCAAGAAGAACUUAAUAGACACAGUGUGAGAGAGCAAGAAGUGCAAGAGGCAAAAGUGGACAAUGGUGUGACUCCAAACACAGAGAUGACCGUGUCGCAGUAUCCUGACAUGCCCGAAGACGCCCAAGAACAAAUCGAACAUCGAAGGGUGAGUGGACAAGAAGGUAACGAGGCAGCAGCAAACAAUGAUGUAAAACCAAGCAGAACAAGACCUUUGCAUAGGAUGUCAAAAUGGCGUAUACUGCGUACAUACGUUCCGUAUGUGGAAGAGAACUUGAAGAAGAGGGAGGCUGAACUCAGGGAGGCUGAUAAACAACUGGCUGAUAUGCGGGAGGCUAUGUUGAAAGAGGUUGAAUUGCAAGAGGCCGCAUUACAAGAGGCCGAAGAGAGGAAAGCUAAAGAAUCAGAAGUCGAAACACCUACAGACUUGGAUUGUGACAGUGAUGACAAAGAUGAUGAAGAACGUUUGCAAGCUCCUGUUGAUAUUCACGAGCUGUAUAGGAAUGACCCGCCGAUGCCGCGCAUCUCCUCUCGUCCAGCUUCGCAUCUGCUAGAAACUGAUGAUACUGGAGCAGUGGUGACAUCUGCUGUUGAUCGCGAGACCGCUGGCUCUGUUGAUGUGGAUCAAAAUAACCAGAAUGCCGACGAUGGUGGCAGGAAAGGCAGCCCACCGUUCCUACACAAAAAUGUCAAGUAUCACCAUUACGUGAAGGUUCACCACUCAGAGUCCGGGGUACGACUCAGCUACCGUAGAGGCAGGAUCGAGAACGAAACGCCACCGCCGAAGUCCGUCCACUCUCGGAACAGUGAGGACUAUGUGGUCGAAGGCCUGCCCUACUUUGACUACAAAGAUGCUGAUGAAGAAGAGCACUGUGAUGAAGUGUUCUUUGCAGACGGGGAGGUGCCGCCACAACUGGAUACAGAUAAGGCUGACAAGAAAUCUUCUUCUGACAAUGCCGCUGAUAAAAAAUCCCUUGAUCUUGAUGAAGAGUUUCGCACCUUGCUUGGGUCAAAGAAGGCUGAAACUGUCGACGAGGAGAGUACAGCUAGCCCACUCCCACAAUACGAUCGUCUUCUUCGAUACGAACAGGACAAACCCCAAUGA